AAAAAAUGACAGAUGAGAAAUGAUUAACCUGGCUGCCAACAGGAAUGUAUGUGACUAUCAGAUUUAACAGUUUCAGUGUGUGUGCAUGACUUUAGGUGAAGGUCUACAUGAGGGACACCGUCCCAAAUCUUAAAUAAAGACCCAGUCUGAUCGAGGCAGAGAUGAGAGACACAACGACGUAGAGAAUUUCUUUCUCUGCUUUUUUUUUUCGUUUCAAGAGGAUCAGCUGUAAAAUGCAGAGCUUUAAAUGCAUUCUUCAUCUGGUUAGUCCUUAAACUGUUUUAUUGGCUCACUUCGUCUGAUCCAGCCCGUGCCAUUCAGCAGCAGCACCACAGCUACCACUAUGUUAAAGACUGAGGGAGCAGGCAGAGUCUGAUCCAGCCAGAAGAAAAUAUUUUCGUAGUUGGAGGAGCAGCAGGUUAGAAAGGAAUAGCCGUGGUGGAUCCAAUCAGCUGGGGCUGCAGGCUUCAUCUUUUUCCCUCAACCUCCUCAUCCUCUGCAGCUGCAACUUCACCUGCAGCAAAGGAGCAUAAUCAAAUCCUCAGUGUCGGGCUCUUCCCUAACCUGCAGAAGUCUCAGAUAUCCGUCUUUGCUGCAGUUGAAAUGGCGUCCCUGGCUCUGGAGCUGAUGGGCUUCAUCCUGGGUCUCCUCGGCAUGCUGGGAACGCUGGUGGCCACGGUGCUGCCUUACUGGCAGAUCUCUGCUCACGUCGGCUCCAACAUCGUCACAGUUGUGGUGAACAUGAAGGGCCUGUGGAUGGAGUGCGUCUAUCAGAGCACAGGGGCCUUUCAGUGUGAGACCUACAGCUCCAUGCUGGCGCUUUCUGCUGACCUGCAGGCCUCUCGCGCUCUCAUGGUCAUUUCCGUCGUGCUGUCCAUCUUUGCGGUUGCCAUAGCCUCCCUAGGGAUGCAGUGCACCCUUUGCUUGGAGAAUGCAGGGUCGGCUAAGAGCCGCGUGGCCGGGGCUAGCGGGGUUUUGUUUCUCACUGGAGGUUUCCUGGCUCUUAUUCCUGUAGCGUGGACCACACACGAGGUGGUCCAGACCUUCUACAGCCCAAACAUACCUGCCGGCAUGAAGUAUGAGCUAGGUGAAUGCCUGUACCUCGGCCUGACCUCUGCGCUGGUCUCCAUGUUGGGUGGGGGGAUGCUGAGUGUCUCCUGCAGCGAGGAGCAGGAAGGCGGCCGUGGGAGGCGGCAUGGAGGAUAUCCUUAUCCAGCAGGCGUUGGCAUGUCCGUCGCAGGACCUCGAACAACUUCACAGACCUACCGGAACCCCACCCUGCAGGCGGGGGACAUCCACCCGGCCAGCAGGGGGCAGACACUAGUACGAAAUACUAGCAGCUCAGAGUCGAGCGCUCCCAGAGCCCCAGGAGUGAAGAAGCCCACCGCAGCAGGAUAUGACAUCACAGGAUAUGUCUGACAUGUUUCCAGCACUCCAUGAAUGAAAACCAACUGAAGGUUCUGUUAAAGUACUGAAUAUGGAAGGAGGCAGAUUUUAAUGGACUUUAAUAAGCUUUUUUUUUUUUGUAACCUUAAAUACUUUGAGCUUUAUUACUGUGUCCAUAAAGUUUUUAUUUCUACAGUGACAAUGUCUUCCAGGUUUCAGCUCUUUUACAAUAAAUAAAACAUGGAUUAAAAAGUUGCCUUUUUACAGGAAGAUCCUUGUCUUUGCUGGUAGUUGGGUUUGUUUGGGACGAGCGGUAUGGGAAUAUUCUGUAUUCAUUCAUUGCCUUUGAAUAUCCGUUCACUUUAGCUUCUCUGCUUUA